AUGCGUCCUGAACAUAUUUUAGUAAUAUCUCUGAUAAGUUGCCUUGUCCGAUCACCCUGCCCGAAAGAAUUUGUCGACGCAGGUGACGAUGUGUGCCUUAUGGCAAUUGAAAUCUCCGUAUCGUUUUGCAAGGCGCAUUCUGUAUGCUACGAAACAGGCAGACGGCUAGAUCACCCCAUGUUUAUGAUUGGGAAACAUUCCGAACGCCUAUUUCAGCAUUUUUCCAAUUUGCCGGUCGUUCACACUGGAAUCAACAGCCUUCUAGAGGGCACAGAUUACAGCCCAGUGGGAUGGCGUGUCAGUGACCCAGGGGAAAGUGCGUUUCUGACAGAUAAGACCACAAUAACCCAUUGGGCUCCGAAACAGCCGAAUGGCCGCGACCAGCAAAUUGUUGAGUUUAUGAGCGGAGCCUUCUAUGACACUACACCAAAUCAGAGACCGAGAUAUGUAGUCUGCGAGUUGGUAAAAAACGUCAGGUUGCCUCGGUCGGCUGGUGAACGAUUCAAGUCAUCCUGGCCGACGGUUUUGUCCGAGCAAUUCGCCACAUUCGAACACGGUUGUUUCAAUGAGAAAACAGCGCUAACAACUCUACACUGUGCAUUCAGAUGCAAACUCAAUGAUGUCUGCCGAUCCUUCUACUAUGAUCCACCUUCUAGAACCUGUUAUUUGACACUCUUCGUCGACAGUAUCUUGCCGGUAGAUGCGGAGAGAAUAACUUCAAACUGGAUCCGCUUCGGUGCGACAGAGCGAUGA